AUGCCUCCUAUUUCCAUCUACCUUAGCCGGAGCGGCCUUGAAUUGGUUCUACCGACUGGAGCCAAACAGAUCGCCUUUACUCCGCCGAUGACCUUUGCACCAUUCGGCAAGGAGACAGGGAGCCUCUUCGAGAAUACGCAGCCAGAUUCAGCCAUGAGUACUCUCGGUGCCCAGAAAUCGACGACCGAGCAGCCUUCGGCGCCUUUAAAAGUGGCCUCCGAGCAUCUCAAUUCCAAUAUCUGGUCCAUAGCAGCAAUUGGAUAA